AAACUAUCCAACGGACUACGUUACCAUGCCUCCCACGAUGCCUCCUUUGGAAACGGUUCCUAGUUUGAAAUACUACUUUGACACACAUUAUUCAGAGGUCCAUUUACAUCACCUUGCCUCACCAAGCCAGACAUUGCUGCCAUGGCUCGUGUUAAAAGUUACCUUACUCUUCUGCUGCUAUUCCUUCCUGAGGGGUUCUCUCAGCUGGUGAGAACACAGCAGGUUGUCACAGCAACCAUGGGAGAGGAUGCUCACUUCAGCUGCAGGCUCAUGAAACCCAAAGAUGUGCUUCAAGUCACCUGGCAGAAAGAGACAUCAGGGGCGACUGAAAAUGUGGCCACCUACAACAAACGAUUUGGACCAGUAGUCAACCCACCUUUUCAGAGGAACGUGGAGUUUGAAGACGAGGGUCUGCAGAACUGCUCUAUCGUCAUCAGAGGAGUGUCAAGAGGAGAUGAGUCCUGCUACAAGUGUCUGUUUAAUGCCUAUCCAGAAGGAGCUAUCAGUGGCAGGACCUGCCUCCAAAUUAAUGAGCUGUAUGGACCCUCACUCAUCAUCACACAAACCAACAACAGUCACACCACUCUGUCCUGUUCUGCUACUGGACGACCUGUUCCUAUAGUAACCUGGGACCACAUAGAAAACAUCAGUCUAGACAAAUCCACCAUGGCUGAAGUCACCCAUCCCAAUGAAACAGUCACUGUCACCAUAACUGCCAUGGUGGCAGCGUCCAGUCUACCUGACAAAGACACCAGGGUUAGGUGUGUAGCGUCAUCCGUUGGGGCCGUCAAGGAGGUUUCCAUGGUGAUUCCAACUAGGGAUCAAGCUUCAUUUGCAGGUCAAUCUCAGGUCUCUGAUGAUGACAGGAUCAGUGGUACAGUGGUUGGUGCAGUGAUGGGUUCAAUGUGUCUCAUUGCUGGAAUCUGUGUAAUACUGUGGUUUCUUAAGAGGAGAAAAGACACCUCAUCCAGAAAAGCCCCAGUGUCUGACCCUGAAAUCAGCAGGACUCCAACAAAGACAACUGAAUGGGAAACACCAACCUCCAGUCCACCAACCAGGGACUCACAAACCUUCACUCCAUCACGAAAGACCACACCAAUCUCCAGUCCAUUCACAAUGUUAGACUCCCUCAGCUCCUCAGCCAAGCAUAUAAUGCAACAAGCACAAGAUGUUGUGAGGAAAAUAUCUCCUGAGAAACCAGAUGAUCUGCAAUGUAGAAGGAAACUUUUAUAGGGUUACGAGGACUGAGUGACUACCAUACUGUCUCACACACACAUCUGUGUGGUUCGGAGACUGUUUCUGUCCAUAGGCAUUGUGGGUACUGAAUAGUGGACUGAAUGGCUGACACACAUAGGCCUGCUGGUUAUUGUAUAUAUAAAUACAGUAUGUAAAUAUAGUAAAUAUAGUUUGUAGUUGGUUAAUGAUGAAACAUGAUAAAUCCACACUAGACUUGUUCGUGGUUUUAUUCUUCACUUUUUUAUAAAUCAAAUGUUGUAUAUUAUAGUCUACACAAUGUCAUAAUGUAGACUACUUUAAUGGUGUGUGUUAUGAUAUUAUAGACUACACAAUGUCAAAAUGUAGACUACUUUAAUGAUGUGUGUUGUGAUAUUAUAACCUACACAAUGUCAUAAUGUAGACUACUUUAAUGGUGUGUGUUAUGAUAUUAUAACCUACAUAAUGUAGACUACUUUCAUGGUGUGUAUGUUUUUGUUUUCUUCACUUUUUAUAAAUCAAAUGCUGCAAUAUUCUCAAUGUUGUGAUGUCCUUUGUUGUGUGUUUGUUUUCUACUUUUAUUAAUAAAAUGUUCAAACAAUA